CUAAGUCUGCGCAUGAGUUCGGCGCAUGCGCACCAGGAUCCCAGCGGCCGCUCCCGACUCCGGGCGUCCAGCCUCCUCUUCUCUUACCCGCCCCGCCCAGGCGGCUGCCCGUGACCUGCCUGGGCGCAGGGAACGGAGAGCCGGAAGGGGCAAGACGAGUUCAGUUUACCAUGGGGCUGUUUGGUAAAACCCAAGAGAAGCCGCCCAAAGAGCUGGUCAAUGAAUGGUCAUUGAAAAUAAGAAAGGAAAUGAGAGUUGUUGACAGGCAAAUAAGAGAUAUCCAAAGAGAAGAAGAAAAAGUGAAACGAUCUGUAAAAGAUGCUGCCAAGAAGGGUCAGAAGGAUGUCUGUGUGGUUCUGGCCAAGGAGAUGAUCCGGUCGAGAAAGGCCGUGAGCAAGCUCUAUGCAUCCAAAGCGCACAUGAACUCCGUGCUCAUGGGGAUGAAGAACCAGCUGGCGGUUUUGCGAGUGGCUGGUUCCCUGCAGAAGAGCACAGAGGUGAUGAAGGCCAUGCAGAGUCUAGUGAAGAUCCCAGAAAUCCAGGCCACCAUGCGAGAGCUGUCCAAAGAGAUGAUGAAGGCUGGGAUCAUAGAAGAGAUGUUAGAGGACACUUUUGAAAGCAUGGACGAUCAGGAAGAAAUGGAAGAAGCAGCAGAAAUGGAAAUUGACAAAAUUCUGUUUGAAAUCACCGCAGGGGCCUUGGGCAAAGCACCUAGUAAAGUGACCGACGCCCUCCCAGAGCCUGAACCUCCAGGAGCGAUGGCUGCAUCGGAAGAUGAGGAGGAGGAAGAGGCCCUGGAGGCCAUGCAGUCCCGUCUGGCCACACUCCGAAGCUAGGACCGCCCGGCUGGGCCACAGGCUCUCUUCCUGGCCCAGGCACCACCAUUUUAUUUGUCUCUUGCACUACACUCCUGGGGGAGGCUCUGCAUUCUGGAGAAUGUUCUCCGCUAAUCUCUCUUCACUCUCUGCAGAGGUUUGGGAUCUCAAUGGGAUGGUUCUGGAGAGGUGGUGUAAUAAAUGCAUCAUCUUCAGGAGUAUAAACAGAAGUAUCUCUUGAGGGGCGAGGGCAAAGAAAUCUCACGAAGCGCUUCUGAGGAUAGACUUGAUUGCCUGAAUGUUGAGGACUGUACAUUUUUUUUUGUCUGUAAAACACUAUAUAAAUGGAUUUUAAUAAAUUUCUGCUUUAACA